AUGUCACCUUCGCGGCACAAACAGCUUCUUGAUCAGCUUCCACCAGCCCUGCGCCUUGCACUUCUUUUUGCCCUAGCUCUAGCGUAUGCUGCAUAUAGCGUCAGACCCCAGCCACCAGGCAUCACGCGCCUCAUCAUGAGCCUCCCCGUAAUGCUUCUAUUCACGCUGGCACCUUUACAUCUGCAAGAGUCCAUCAUCAUUUGCGGAUCUCUGGCCUUCAUGUUAUGUUGGCUCUGCAAUUUCAAGCUACUGGCCUAUUCAGGCAAUCGGGGACCUCUGGCGUAUCCGGGGCUCAGCACGAGCCAAUGGCUGCUGAUGCUGUUACUGCCGUACUUCCCAGCCAAAAAACGUGGCCACGCCCGUGCUCGUUCACAUGUCGUACUGCUGAGCCUAGUUUUCAAGGUGGCCUUGGCCGCGGUUCUGACGGUGCUGUUGCUGUCCCCCCUGGCUGACCCGGCGGGGCCGCCACAUAGCCUGAUGCUGCGGCACACGGGUUACGCCCUGUACGUGUGGAUAUUCGCGAGCUUGCUGUUGGACCUUCCCGUGUCGUUGGGCUGCGCUCUGUGGUGCCGUGUGGAGCUGCAGCCCGCCAUGAACAACCCCUUCGCGUCCAUCUCCGUACGGGAGUUCUGGGGACGGAGGUACAACCAGGUCGUGUCGUGCGUGCUGAAGGAUACGGUGUACGACCCUAUCAUGGACGGCAGCUGGGUGGCGGUCUGCGGGUUUGGCAACGAGCAACGGUCAGCAACCGACGCUGCAACGAAUGGCGGCGGCGGCAAUAAUAGAGGCGGCGCGGUUGCGCCCAGAAGUGUUCAUGUCGGCGCUAACGCCAGCUGCUGCUCCAACGGCCCCGGUAUCCCAGCCGCUACACGACAAUCAAAGGAAGGUUCCCGCCGUCGACCCGCCACGUCGUCAUCGCCGCCGCCGCCGCCGCCGGAAGGCAUCUGCGACUUGUUUCCAUCGAGUCCGCCGUCUGCAAACCCGGUGACGGCUGGGUACGGCAGUGGUGGCGGCGGCUGCGGCGGUGGCGGCAGCAGCACCGGUCAGGCUCACAUCGACCGCCGCUGCCAGCGCCAACGUGUGCCGUGUGAACGGCGGCGGCUGGCGGCCAUGUCGGCGGCGUUCCUGGUCAGCGGCGUCAUGCACGAAGUUUGCAUGGCGUACAUGUGUGGUGGCAUGCUGGAGGGCAGUUUCCGUAUGCUUGGUUUCUUCCUGAUCCAGCCGGUCAUUAUCUUGGCUCAGGACGGGGCGAGUACGGCAGUGGCCAAGUGGGUUCCGGAGCAACUGUCCGGCAGUCUGGCCGCCAGGGCGCUGCAGACGGGGGUGACGCUGGCGCUGGUGCUGGGCAGCGCGGAGUGGCUGUUCUGGCCGCCCAUGGAGGCGUGCGGGGCGGAUGGGCGUGGGCUGAUGGAGGUGAUGGGCGUUAUGCGGGCGGUUGGCGGUUGGUUUGGCAAGUUGGCGGGUCGGGCCGGGAGCGCCGCGCUUGAAUGA